AGAGGGCCUCGGCCUCAAGUCCAGUAUAGUCUUCGGUGGUGUUGGUCACAGCUUAGUCCCCAAAUCUGGUGUUAAUGCUAGGUUUAAUUCUGUAGUUAACAUGGUUGUUCUCCUGGAUAUCUGCGGGGUGUCAUUUCUCUCUUCGCCUUUACUCCCAAAUAUAUUCAAAAUAGGGAGGAUGACUUUUAACAGAGCUUAUGACUUCAAGCUUGCUGGGUUUCUUUGUCAUAAUACACAGACUGGAAAUCUUGCAAAAACCAAAGUGGAGUCAACCACUUGGAGGGUGUGGAUUAGGCAGAAAUUUACAAAGCCAAGAGUUCCUGAAUGGGUAUUUGAGCCACAACCUGGUGAUCAUGAAAAAUAUGGAGGUGAUCCACAGCAGCCUCAUAAACUGCAUCUUGUCACCAGAAUCAGAAGUGGAAUAAGGCGUCCUUAUUGGGAAAAGGAAUUGCUCAAAUCUCUGGGAUUAGAAAAAAGAUAUGAGGCCAGAGUGCACAAAAACAUCCCUUCUGUUAAUAAAAAACUGAAAGUGAUUAAACAUCUGAUAAGCAUAAAACCAUUAAAGCUACCCUAUGGAAUUCCAACGGAAGAAGAAAUGUCUGAUACUUAUAUUAAUUGUGCUGGUGAGCUAAUAAUUCGCCAUCGUCUAAAAGCACUGGAAAAGAAAACAAUUGAUGCUUUGUAAUGUGUAGUGACAUUUUAUACAAUAAAUGUAAUCUUAAAAUGAAAGUUGUGUGGGAAGCUAAUCUACGUAGCAACAUGUCCAAGUUUUAUUUAACUGUUUGAUCAAACAUGCUGAGCAACCAAGUGUUCCAUCUAGCGUGACUUGUCUGGAUUUGUACAUAAUACCUGUUUCUCCAGUUUGCCUAUUAUAAGCGCCAUAAUGGCACAGCAGUAGUUCUCAAACCUUUUACCUCCAGGGAUCAGUUUCCACAGUGACUUGUAUGCUGAGGAACCCCUGUGCAUAUUUUAUUGUGCAUACUUGGUUCACUCGUGGGCAACAUAAUAAACAGAGAUGGCAUAUGUUGGCAUAUGUAAACUUUUAAUCGCUGUUUGAAAUUCCCUGAAUACUACUACAGUCCAAAAUGUGUUGGCUUAAUAAACACAUCUGUCUACC